AUUUCAGUGACUAAAUUUAUUCGAAUUGGAAUCGCUGAUAAGAAUGACAAUCCUCCUUAUUUUGACAAAGCUCUUUACGAGGCUGAAGUCGACGAAAAUGAAGAUAUACAACACACCGUUCUCACAGUCACCGCCAAGGAUCACGAUGAAUCCUCUCGUAUUCGAUACGAGAUCACAAGCGGUAACAUAGGAGGAGCGUUUGCUGUCAAAAAUAUGACAGGAGCCAUUUAUGUAGCAGGAGCACUAGAUUACGAAACUAGGAAGAGGUACGAGCUAACCCUGGUAGCCUCUGACAGCCUUAAUGAAAACUACACAACGGUUAUAAUACACAUAAAGGACGUUAACGAUCUGCCGCCAGUGUUUAAUAGCACAGUGUACAGGCGGGACAUUGCUGAAGAAUUUCCGGCCCCAUAUCCUCUACGGCUUAUGCAGGUCACAGCCACCGAUGGCGAUAAGGAUCGGCCCCAGAACAUCGUGUACUUUUUGACAGGACAAGGCAUCGAUCCUGAUAAUCCUGCAAACAGCAAAUUUGACAUUAACAGGACCACGGGAGAAAUAUUCGUCCUCAAGCCUUUGGAUCGGGAUCAGCCGAACGGCCGGCCCCAGUGGCGGUUCACCGUGUUCGCGCAAGACGAAGGCGGCGAAGGUCUGGUGGGUUACGCCGACGUCCAGGUCAACCUCAAAGACAUCAACGACAACGCGCCCAUAUUCCCGCAGGGCGUUUACUUCGGUAACGUAACCGAGAACGGUACCGCCGGCAUGGUCGUCAUGACGAUGACCGCGGUGGACUACGACGAUCCUUCCGAAGGUACCAACGCGCGACUGGUGUAUUCCAUAGAGAAGAACGUGAUCGAGGAGGAGACGGGCAGUCCGAUUUUCGAGAUCGAGUCGGAGACGGGAGUGAUCAAAACGGCCGUGUGUUGUCUGGAUCGCGAAAGAACGCCGGACUAUUCGAUACAGGUUGUGGCGAUGGACGGUGGCGGGUUGAAAGGGACAGGUACGGCUUCGAUACGCGUGAAAGAUAUAAACGAUAUGCCGCCGCAGUUCACUAAAGACGAGUGGUUGACGGAAGUCGACGAAACGGACGGCAAUACGUUACCGGAAAUGCCGAUCUUGACGGUUACGGUGCACGACGAGGACGAGACGAACAAGUUUCAAUAUAAGGUUAUUGAAAAUAGCGGUUACGGAGCGGAUAAAUUCACGAUGGUGAGGAAUAACGAUGGGACUGGGUCGUUGAAGAUCGUUCAACCGCUCGAUUACGAGGAUUUAUUGCAAAGCAACGGGUUCAGGUUCAGAAUCCAAGUGAACGACAAGGGAGAGGACAAUGACAACGACAAGUAUCACGUAGCUUACUCGUGGGUGGUGGUCAAGCUGCGUGACAUCAAUGAUAACAAGCCGCAGUUCGAGCGACCGAACAUCGAAGUUUCCGUGUUCGAGAACGCCGAGGUCGGCAAAAGUUUGGAGACCUUCAAAGCCACCGACCCGGAUCAGGGCGGCAAGAGCAAAGUGUCGUACGCGAUUGACAGGACCUCGGACAGGAAGCGGCAAUUCUCCAUCAAUCAGGAGGGCACGGUCAGCAUACAAAGGUCCCUGGACAGGGAGGACACGCCGAGGCAUCAAGUGAAGAUUCUCGCCAUCGACGACGGAAUUCCGCCCAAAACAGCGACCGCAACUUUAACAGUCAUCGUGCAGGACAUCAACGAUAACGCGCCCACUUUCCUCAAGGACUACAGGCCCGUGGUCCCGGAGCACGUCCCGCCCCGCAAGGUGGUCGAACUGCUGGCUACAGACGAUGACGACAGAUCGAAGAGUAACGGCCCGCCGUUUCAAUUCCGGCUCGACCCCGGAGCCAGCGACAUAGUGCGGGCCUCCUUCAAAGUGGAACAGGAUCAAAAGGGAGCAAACGGAGACGGUAUGGCCAUCAUAACCUCUUUGAGGUCGUUCGAUAGGGAGCAGCAGAAAGAGUAUCACAUCCCGAUCGUGAUUAAGGAUCACGGUAAUCCCGCCAUGUCCGGCACGAGCACAUUAACGGUCAUCAUUGGCGACGUGAACGAUAACAAAAUGCAGCCUGGCUCGAAAGAAAUAUUUGUUUACAAUUAUCAAGGCAACGCGCCGGAAACGGAAAUCGGCCGCGUCUACGUUUACGAUUUGGACGAUUGGGAUUUGCCCGACAAGAAGUUUUACUGGGAGAGUAUCGAGCAUCCGAGAUUUAAAUUGAAUGAGGAUACGGGAAUGAUUUCUAUGCGACACGGAACGAGAGACGGCACAUAUCACUUGAAAUUCAAGGUGUACGACAGGAAGCAUACGCAAACCGAUGUACCUGCUAAUGUAACGGUAACAGUAAAGGAAAUUCCCCACGAGGCUGUCGUGAACUCGGGCUCAGUACGCAUUGCCGGCAUAACAGACGAAGAUUUCAUUAGAAUAUGGGAUUACAGAACGCAGAGCUUGUCGAAGAGCAUGUCGGAGAAAUUCCGAGAUAAAAUAGCGGACUUGUUAAACAUCGACAGAGACAAUGUAGACGUGUUCAGCGUGCAGCUGAGGAGAAAACACCCGCCCCUAACCGACGUGAGAUUUAGCGCACAUGGCUCGCCGUAUUACAAACCGGUGCGGCUCAACGGAAUGGUGCUGAUGCAUCGCGAGGAAAUCGAACGCGCUGUCGGCAUCAACAUCACCAUGGUGGGAAUCGACGAGUGCCUGUACGAGAACCAGAUGUGCGAGGGCUCCUGCACCAACACAUUGGACAUAAGUGCCUUGCCUUACAUGGUCAAUGCGAACAAGACGGCGCUUGUGGGCGUGCGAGUGGACGUGUUGGCCGAAUGCACCUGCGGCGCCCGUAAUUUCAGCAAAGACGAGAAUUGCCGCAACACGCCGUGCUACAACGGCGGUCGCUGUAGCGAGACCAGAUUCUCUUUGACGUGCUCGUGCCCGUCUGGAUACAAUGGACCGCGCUGUCAACAGACGUCGCGCAGCUUCAAAGGCAACGGCUGGGCUUGGUAUCCGGCUUUGGAAAUGUGCGAUAAAUCCCAUCUACACUUUGAAUUUAUAACGAGGAAACCGGACGGGCUGCUUUUGUACAACGGGCCCAUAGUGCCACCUGAAAAGGACGAAGUAAUGGUGUCGGACUACAUCGCGAUGGAAUUGGAGCGCGGCUAUCCGAGAUUGCUAAUCGAUUUCGGGUCGGGAACUUUGGAAUUGCGUAUUAAAACAAAGAAGACCCUCGACGACGGCGAGUGGCAUAGAAUCGACAUUUUCUGGGACACGGAAAAUAUACGCUUGGUCGUAGACUAUUGCAAAUCCGCCGACAUUUCCGAGCUAGAGGAUGGCACGCCACCAGAAUUCGACGACAGCAGCUGUCAGGCCCAAGGCACGAUCCCGCCAUUCAACGAAUACCUUAACGUAAACGCCCCGCUACAGUUGGGCGGGUUGUACGUCGAACAAUUUGACCCGACGCACUACCACUGGCAAUACAUGCCCGUCGGCAAAUCCUUCGACGGUUGCAUCAGAAACUUGUUCCACAACUCGAAACUCUACGAUUUAGCUCAUCCCGGCUUAUCGAGGCACAGCGUUCCGGGCUGUCCGCAAACCGAAGAAAUGUGCGGGCGAAGCGACACUACGUCGAGGUGUUGGGAGCAUGGAACCUGCGUGGGCAGCUUCAACGAGGCCAAAUGCCUGUGUAAACCGGGCUUUACCGGUCCGGCUUGCACAAUACCGACCAUCCCCACGUCCUUCAAACCGCAAUCGUACGUGAAAUACGCGCUAAGCUUCGAACCAGAUCGCUUUUCAACGCAAAUCCAAUUGCGAUUCCGGACGAGAGAGGAGCACGGUGAAUUGUUCAGAGUAUCCGAUCAGCAUAACAGAGAAUACGGUAUAUUGGAGAUCAAAGAUUCCAGAUUGUAUUUCCGAUAUAACCUCAAUUCGCUAAGGACCGAAGAGAAGGACAUCUGGUUGUCCGCCGUCCCCGUGGACGAUGGUCAGUGGCACGUGGCGCGAGUAAGCCGAUACGGAUCGGCCGCCACUUUGGAGUUGGACGGCGGCGAGGGCCGCCGAUACAACGAAACUUUCAGCUUCGUGGGCCAUCAGUGGCUUUUGGUGGACAAGCAGGAAGGCGUCUAUGCUGGCGGCAAAGCCGAGUACACUGGCGUGCGCACGUUUGAAGUUUACGCCGACUAUCAGAAAGGAUGUCUGGAUGACAUACGGCUGGAGGGCAAGCACUUGCCGCUGCCUCCGGCGAUGAACGGGACGCAGUGGGGCCAGGCGACGAUGGCGAGGAAUCUGGAAAGGAAUUGUCCAUCCAAUAAACCAUGUGCGAACGUAAUUUGCCCCGAGCCGUUCGAAUGCGUUGAUCUCUGGAACGACUACGAAUGCACUUGCGGGGAGGGCAGGAUAAUGUCGCCCGACGGAAAGGAUUGCAUGGACAAGAACGAGUGCCUCGACUUGCCUUGCUUGCACGGCGGCACCUGCAUCAACCUGGAGCCCAGGCUCCGCUAUCGGUGCAAUUGCCCGGACGGGUUCUGGGGCGAGAAUUGCCAGCUGGUUCAGGAAGGCCAAACGCUCAAACUCAGCAUGGGAGCGCUGGCCGCCAUCUUGGUUUGCUUGCUCAUCAUCCUCAUCCUAGUGUUAGUUUUUGUGGUAUACAACAGAAGAAGAGAGUCCCACAUAAAAUACCCAGGACCUGACGACGACGUCAGAGAAAACAUCAUCAAUUACGACGACGAGGGGGGCGGCGAAGACGACAUGACCGCCUUCGAUAUAACCCCGCUGCAAAUCCCCAUUGGAGGACCCCUCCCCGAAAUGGGGCCGCCCAAGAUGGGAUUUUCCAUGUUGGGGGUAGGACAGGAACCGAACGUGGGCGUUUUUAUCGACGAACAUAAAAAACGAGCCGAUAGCGACCCCAACGCGCCACCUUUCGACGAUCUUAGGAACUAUGCGUAUGAAGGUGGUGGCAGCACUGCCGGAUCCUUGAGCUCAUUAGCGUCAGGUACUGAUGACGAAUGCCAGGACUACGACUACUUGGGCGCUUGGGGCCCCCGUUUCGACAAGCUGGCCGACAUGUACGGCCCUGGCGAAGAGACCGAGCAGGAGGAGUAA